AUGCUCCGGGGGCGCCGGGAGGAGGAUGGGGGGGAACAGCGACCGUGGCGAGACCGGGCUGGCUGCGACGACGGGGAGGUGCCGUUCAGCAGCGAGCGGCUCAGGCGAAAGCAGCCGGAGCAGGGGACGGUGAGCAGGAUGGAGGAGGAGGAGGAGGAGCGGCUGGAGGGGGAGCAUUUCCGGAGAAUCAUCAACGCCUUCCGAUACUACGGAACUAAUAUGCAUGAGCAAGUGAACAGAACAGAGAGACAGUUUAGAUCCCUCCCAGCUAACCAACAAAACCUACUUCCUCAAUUUCUUCUUCAUCUGGACAAGAUUCGGAAAUGCAUUGAUCAUAACCAAGAGAUCCUACAGACCAUUGUGAACGAGUGCAAACAUAUGUUUGAAAAUAAAGAAUAUGGAGAAGAUGAAAAUGGGAAGAUUGUGCCAGCCUCUACGUUUGACAUGGAUAAAUUAAAGUCCACUUUGAAACAGUUUGUAAGAGACUGGAGUGAAACGGGGAAACCUGAGAGAGAUUCCUGCUACCAGCCAAUCAUUAAUGAAAUUGUAAAGAACUUUCCAAAAGAGAGAUGGGAUCUCUCCAAAGUUAAUAUCCUGGUACCUGGUGCUGGGCUAGGUAGAUUGGCCUGGGAAAUAGCUAUGCUCGGUUAUGCUUGCCAAGGAAAUGAAUGGAGCCUCUUUAUGCUCUUUUCUUCUAAUUUUGUACUCAACAGAUGCUCUGAAAUUAACUCUCAUAAACUUUAUCCCUGGAUUCAUCAGUUUAGCAAUAACAGGAGAUCUGCUGAUCAGAUACGACCAGUUUAUUUCCCUGAUGUUGACCCCCACAGUCUUCCUUCUGGUGCAAACUUUUCUAUGACAGCAGGGGAUUUUCAAGAAAUUUACUCAGAGUGCAAUAUGUGGGACUGCAUAGCAACCUGCUUCUUCAUAGAUACAGCGCAUAAUGUCAUUGAUUACAUUGACACAAUAUGGAAAAUUCUCAAACCAGGAGGAAUAUGGAUAAAUUUAGGUCCUCUCCUUUACCACUUUGAAAACUUGGCAAAUGAACUUUCUAUAGAAUUGAGUUAUGAGGAUAUAAAAAAUGUUAUAUUACAGUACGGAUUCCAUCUAGAGGUACGGAUAGAUUGUGGAGAAAGAAUCUGUAUUGUCUACAUACACUGUGAAUGAACUAUCCAUGAUGAAAUACUACUAUGAAUGUGUGUUGUUUGUGGUUAGGAAACCAGAGUUGCAGUGUUUCAAAUAGAUUCUUCAGAAAAAAUGCUGGAGAUAACGCUAAAAUUUACAACACACAAUGGACUAGGUAAUGACUGGAUACAACCUCAAAUCAGUGGUGCCUUGUUUAUUCUUAACAGGAAUUUGAGAGUGUCUAUUUUCUUAAUACCUGUAUUGCUAUCCAGAUAUAUACUGUGCCAUGCAUAUUUGUACUGUACUAGUGAAUAUGGAAGAAAAUGUACACAUACACAGCCCUCAUUCAUCAGAGUGCAUACAAACAUCCCAUUUUCACAAGUAUAAAACUCCUGUUUUAAUGUCUGCCAUGAGGUUGUCCUGAUAAAAAUGGUUUAAUAAUUAUUCAACAGUACCGAAAUCCAAAAUAAUUUCCCUUUUAUCUGCAGCUGUAUAUAACAUGCACAAUCUACAGCUCUCAAGAUCUGUUGGAAAGGAUGUACAAUUCUGUGUUUGAUAUCAGAACUGGGACUGUUAUUUCCACUUUCGAUCUGAGGCUUAAAACAAAAAAUGUUCUUUGUGUAUUCUGCCUCAGUUUUUAAACAAAAUUCUAAUUGUUUUCAUUUUUCCUUGUGGCUUUGUGAAUGUUUAGAGGUAUAAUACAAGCUCAGCCACAGUUUAGAGAAGGAUUUCUUAACAUCAAUUUAAAAAUAGAAUAUUUACAAAAUCUGAAAUUUUUGAGCAGUGCUAAAAUGUUUCUUGAAAGCUGCAUUCAUUGUGACUUAGCGCUCCCAGGACCAUUUUCUGUAGGACUGAAAAUAGAAACAAAAGAUAAAAUAUUUUAGAAACUCUAAAUUAUAAUUUUCUGGCCAGGCUAAGCUUAGCAAUCUAUUCUAAUAGUUUGUUGGCUUUGGUAAUAUGAAUAUUGAUAUAUGAAAUCAUAGUAUGGAGUGAAACAAAGCAUCAUGUCACAAAGGAACAGGAGUAAAUUAACCUUGAAACGAAAAUAAGACUUGGUCUGCUAAUGCAGGAACUGCACUCUCACUUUGCCCAUUUGAAGUUUAUCAGUGUAACUUAUCUGUUGCUUAAAUAAAGUGUUUGAAGCAUUUAUUUUAAGGAUUAUUAGACAAUAGAAAAAUCCUGCUACUUUCUUUUCUUUUUAGAAAGCAGUUACACAGUUGGGACAACUGUGCCCAAAGUGUAUGGCUGUGCUGUAAUAAUGGGGAGUCACUAAGUUUAAAAUUAAGCAAAUCCUAUGUGUUGUUCCUUUGUCUUGCACAGGAGCUGCCCCUGCCCCUGUCUGUGUCUUUGCAGAGCUCAUCCUUUACCCCCUCUUUAUACCUGCUGCUGGAAGCAGCUCCGUCACUUCCCAUGAUGGAAAGGCAGCUACUGCCUCCAGGCUGCUGCUGCCCACUGAUUAUAAACCAGCCACCUCUUGUCACCCAGCUGCAGUACAGGCAGGAAGGGGUUAAGGGAGCAUUGUGCACUAGCCCAGGGAACCUGCAGCUGUGGUUGGGAUCUGGCAGAGAGGAGGAGGAGGAGGAGGAGGAGGAGAAGACACCAAACCCUAGCCCACGCAGAGUAAGGGUUGAGGGAUCCUGGCUCCUCUUCCCUGCAAGUGGCACCGCCUGCCCUUUUUCACAGGCAGCAGCAGCAGCCAGGUAGGGCGGCCUCCUGCAUGUGCCCUUGGCUGAGGGGCACAGACAGGGCAUAGGGGCUUAGCCCACUCCAGACAGCGUAAGCUGCCUGCUAAACGUGGGGGAUAGAUGGAGGGCUACUGCCCAAGGACCAAAGUUCGUUCAAAGCUACCCCCAGGCUGGCAGAAAUCUGAAGGUCUCAGUGCAGCAUGGAUAGGGUCUGAGGCUGGCUCACAGGGCAUGUCUAGAGCAGCAAUCAGCUUGCUGUGCUCCAGCAGUGUCUCAAAGUGCUUUACAAGCCACAUUGCGCUGCUGGGAGUGAGGUGGGGAUACCUCAUUAUACAGAGAGGAAGGACUUGCAUUUAACCUCAUGCAGCUGUGCAGGCAUGUGUGUGUGCAGGGACUGCACCUGCAGCCCUGAGAACUGGACCCAGCUGCCUUGUCCCAGCUCUGAGUCCAUCACCAAGGCAGGAAUAGAGUCCAGGGAGCUGGGAUCCUGUGGCAAAAGGCCUGGCUGCACUGGAAGUGUAUGGCCAAAGGUGGGGCUGGCCAGAGGGCAGGGAGCUGGUUGUGAGAUGGGAGGUGCUGUGAAGCUGCUUUGCAUUGCACUGGAGAAGGCUCAACGAGUGACUGUGAGGCCAUGCUGCAGUCACCAGGCCAUAUGGCAUGCCCUCCCAACUGCACAUGUUGCCUCUGCUGCCAGCGUUCACUACAGAACCAUUAAAUUGUGCCCCAGCAAUAUCAACAGUUAUGAGUUGCCUCUGCAGCAGCCCUUAUAUUUUUGAUGUUCUGGUGUGAACCCUGGUAGAAAUCUGGGGGGCACAUGACUCCGUGUGCUCCACCUCUGGCUGUUAGCAACAACUUCUAUAUUUGUUUCAGCAUACCUAGGUUAAUUGUUGGAUAUUUGAUUGGAACUUUAAGGCAAUUUACACGUGGUACUUUAAAUCUACCUCUAAUAUUGUGUUUCCUUGUUGUAAGUUGCCUACUAAAGUAAAUUAGAUGGAUAUUAAUCCACAGAUUGUAAUUUCAUACAAUUGUUUUGUAUUUUGAAGUUAUAUAAAUAUUUUCUACGAGUGAUUAUUAAAUGGCUUGUGUUUAGAGGAAGGAUCAAAUUAACUGCUUUGUUCUCUUUACAUUAAUCUAAUGGUAACUUAGCUACACUAUCAUCCCCUUUGAAAAUCCUUUUAAAAGUAAAAAAGGUAUGGUAGGGAAUCAAGCCGUUUCCAUGGAAUGGGACUGGAUAAUAGAGAGUUUAAAAUAUCAUAAAUUGUAAAAUAUCUCUCACUCAUCUAGCUGUGGUACCUUGGCAUUGACAAGGUCAUUUUUAACUUUCUGUGUAAGGCAGAUAUUUCAUGCUUCCAAUUUUGCUUUAAUUGAAAGUACAGUUUUAAAGUUCACAUGGGCAAAAAGGCAUUUACUAUUUUAAAUGCUGUCUAGGAGCAUAAAGCCUGCACAUUUUUAAAAACUGUUCUGCUCCAAUCCCUAUCCAGAAAACAUAUUGGACUAACAGCAGCUUUCAGUAAAGGUUUACUUGUAGGUAGUCUGAACUUUCUAAAAGAAGUCAGAUUUGUUUUUUUUUAAUAAAAAUAAAUUAGUCCAAUCUCAAGUAAAGCCCCUUGAAAGCUUAGAUGCUGCCAUUAAGGGAAAUAAAAAUAAAUAAACUCUUGCUGCCUUUAGAAGGCAACUAAUGGUCUCCUGUGG